AUGGCAAAACAAAGACUGACUGCCUUGGAUAUACGCGCGAUAAUCACCCUGUGCAAAAAUAUCAUUGUCGGAUGUGUAGUAACGAACAUUUAUAACAUCUCGAACAAAAUUUAUGUUUUAAAAUGCUCGAAAAAGGAGCAGAAGUAUUUUUUCCUGGUGGAAGCUGAAAAGAGAAUCCAUAUAACAGAAUGGAAAAGGGAAAAGGAUGUGAUGCCAUCGGCAUUUACUAUGAAGUUAAGGAAACACCUGCGGUCUAGAAAAAUUACGAACAUAAGCCAAUUGGGUGGAGACAGAGUGGUUGAUAUUCAAUUUGGCUUCGAUGAUAAAGCAUGCCAUCUUAUUGUGGAGUUAUACAUUGCUGGAAAUAUUAUCCUCACAGAUAAUAACCAUAAAAUAUUGUCCAUUUUGAAAAGCAAUGAUGCUAUAGGAAAGAAAUAUAACGUCAAUGAUGUGUACAAUGUAGAGGAACAUACAUCCAUCUUGCUGCACAAAAAUUUGCACGUAGUCGACAUGGAAAAUGUAAAGAAGACUAUCAACGAAAUAAUGGUUCUUUAUAACAAUGUCAAUUUUGAGGAUGCUGGUUCCAUAUCUAAGGAUGCAGUAGUUGGUGAGGAGGGUAGUGGUGUCAUGUCGCAGGAGUUUCAAAAUGGCCGCAUGGAAGACAAGACCAUUGCAUCGGAACAGAAUAAAGCGAUUUCUGGUGAGCGCGAUAACGGUGGAAAGGAAAAUGCCACAGUGAACAAACAGGGAAGUGAUAAUAAUAAUAAUAAUAAUGGUGGUAGGACAGGAAAGGGAAAUGUAAAGAAUGACAUUAAGGAAGAAGGAAACCGAAUCAGUGAGGGUAAAGGAAAAAACAAGGGGAAAAGUAAUGGUAAAUUGAAAAGCACGAAACAUGUGGAGGAUAAAGCAUCGGGAAGUUUGAAUAAGAAAUUGAAUAAAAAAAUCAGUACCCCAAUUUGUAGCGAUAAUGAGAAAGGUAAAAAGAUGAAGAAGCUAAAAACAUUGACUGAUUUAGCUAGCAAGCUUAUUAUAUUUGCCCAUAGUGAUUUAAUUGUCCAUUCAUUAAUUGCAUGUGAUGUUAAUCCUUCCGAUUCGUUGGAGAAAUACAAUUUGAGUGACUUAAGCUGUAUUUUGCUCAAAGCGAUAAAUGAGGCCCUAAGCGUUCUGAACAGUUUUAGCAUCGAGGGGAGUUGCGUGAGGGGCUACGGUUUUGCCUUAAAGGGUGGUGAAAAGUUCGAAAAGGGAACAAGGGCGGAGAAAAAUAAAACCGAUGGUGGGUAUAGCGAAGGGAAAAUGGAAGGUAAGCUGAAUGAUGGUAAAGGAGUAGUGAAGGAGGAAGAGAAAAGUGGUGAAGAAAUCACAUUUACAGAGUUUUCUCCAAUCAUUUUGAACAAUCAUAAAAAUAAAGUGGAGGAAAACAAACUGGAGAUAAUUCAUUUUGAUGACUUUAACAAAUGCGUAGACAGCUAUUUCAGUAGAAUGGAAUUGUCGAAAUAUGAUAAGCAGCAGGAAGUGAUUAAGAUAAAAAAAUCUUUGACGAAGAUGGAUAAAAUUAAAUUAGACCAUGAGAGGAGAAUAGAACAGUUAGAGAAGGAGGUUAGUUCUUUGAGGAAAAAAAUAUCUCUCAUUCAAAUGAACGACGAAUUGGUUGAGCAAGCCAUACAGUUAAUGCGUGCCGCCGUAGCGACAAAUGCUAAUUGGGAAAAAAUUUGGGAACACAUUAAACUUUUUAAGAAGCAAAAUCAUCCCAUUGCGCUGCGGAUUAGCUCAGUCAAUUUUAACAACUGCGAAAUGGAGUUGCUAUUAGAUGACGGGGAGGAAAACGAAGAAGGAAGUGACGACUCCUCUAGGGAAGCAGACGAAGAGUCACCCAAGAGGGCGACUGGAAGAGAGAGCAAAUUGGCUGUUACCAUAAAUUUAAACAACUCUGUGUAUGGAAAUGUAGAAGAUUAUCAGAAGAUGCGAAAGAAGGCAGAAGAAAAGAUUAGGAAAACGAAAAUAUCUACGAAUUUUGCUGUAAAAAAAGUGGAGAAAAAAAAAAAAGAAAAAGAAAAUAAACAAAAGGGUAAACAUAAUAAGACAGUUGGUCAAAUUCAAAAGUUAAGAAAAGUGUAUUGGUUUGAGAAGUUCCACUGGUUUAUCUCGUCAGAAAAUUAUUUAGUUAUUGCCGGUAGGGAUGCUCUACAAAAUGAAAUAUUGUUUAGGAGGUAUUUCCAGAAGAAUGAUGUUUAUGUGCAUGCAGAUAUUCAUGGUGCUUCGACAUGUAUUAUAAAAAAUCCAUAUAAGGAUAUUCCUAUUCCGGAGAAGACCCUGUCAGAAGCUGGCCAGCUAGCAAUUUGUAGAAGUUCUGCUUGGAAUAAUAAAAUUAUUACUUCUGCUUGGUGGGUGCACUACCAUCAAGUUAGUAAAUCAGCACCGACAGGAGAAUACUUAAAAACUGGGUCGUUUGUAAUAAGGGGAAAGAAGAAUUACUUGCCGCAUGUGAAGCUGGAAAUGGGACUGUGCAUAAUUUUUCAGGUGGACAAUGCUGCGGUGGAAAAUGACGAAGAAAACAAUUUGGACGAUACGCAGAAGAGCUUUGAAAAUGAUGAUGAGAAGAAGAACAGCGACGGCGAUCAGGAAGUUGUGGAGGAUGCCCUUAUGGAUAACUCCACCGGAGGGGGGUACACCCAAAGUGGUAAUCCUUACACUGGUCCAAUGGAAGGAAGUUACAUCCCUGAGACAGUUCUUACGAAGGGUAGAGACCUGCAUAACAAUGAUAGUACGUCCAUUGUCUGUACUUCCUUUUCAGUAUCGAACACGCGCUUCGAAUGGCAGGAUGGCCGAGGAGGUAUAAAGAAUGCAAAGUGUGUGAGCAAUUGUGUUGCGCCAAAUAUACCAAGUAGGGGAUCUUUAAAAGAGGGUGAAAGAAAGAGGAGAUAUUUAUACAAACGUUUUGUUGGUUUCUUUUUUUCAGUUAGAAAUAGAACAAAUUUGCUGAAUCAUAAUUUUGAGAAAAAGUUCCAUAAGUUUCUUCCCCUUUUGGAAAAAUUAGGAAUAACGUACAAUUAUGAUGAUUAUGAUAUUGUGAAAGGGUUGUUAAAUUGGAUAGGAUCCAAUUUGUGGUCGGAUGAAGAUAAUUACAGAGCAUUUUUUAAAUCUCUCAUACGUAGCAGAAAUGGGCAUUUAUCAGAAUGCGCCAUAUGCACCGGUUUGAGGAAGACAUACAAAAAGUUGUUAUUCCUAAUUUGCAACGUCUAUAUGUAUUCCUUUGUAGAUAAUUAUUACCACGUUUUGAAAAAGCACACGACAUUGAGGGAUCUUACUUUGAAAGAAGCUUUCCACAUUUUGCGCCCAUUUUUCAGAAGGUUAAAAGAUGCCAUAACUUUUUUUGUUUCACAUAAAGUUUUUGCAGAGAAGGGCAGAUACUCAUGUCUCGAUUUAUAUUUGAAAGGCAUAAAAUAUAUGAUGUGCACUGGUAGAUAUGACGAUUCGUUCGAGGGAUUGGGAGAUUGUACGAGGAUGGUCAAUGAUGGGAUGGAAUUGAAGAAAAUUUUUUCUUCUAGAUUUAUGAAUGGAGGGUUGUCCGAACAAGUUUCCAAUAUCUGUGUAAAGGAUUAUUUAUGCAAAAGGGAAAAAAGGGCCCCAUUUAUUUUUGUUGAUUGCAUGGUGUACGGGGCACCCCCAGUGACCUUCAAGGAUGAGGAUUCAAACGAUUCCGACGCGGAUAAGAAGGUAAAUGUGAGAAUACUCGCCCCACCAUCGGGAGGAAUCCAUGAUGAGAAGAGAGAGUGUUAUGAUGAAGGCGAGGGGAAGGCAAAAAAGGUUUCCUUUGUGAGGGACGAUGGUGAAGGUUCCAAAAUGGUAAGGCCUGCGAGAUCGCGCAAGGGUACGGGGUUUGUAAAGAUGGACGUGAGUAAGCUGCUGCAGGAGAUAGAGGAAGAGGAAGAGGAGGAGAAGGAGCAGGAGCAGCAGGAUGGAGGGGUCGAGUUAAGUGAGGAGACAGGCAUCUCCACGAAAGUUGCGUUUUUCAAAGCGGGGGAAAGAAGGAGUGAGAAAAAAGUCGUUACCUUUACGUCGGGGGGUGAGUCCGUUGAUGAUGAAAAACAAUCUUCGUUGAAUGCACCCAGGCCGGUUAGAUCCCGAAAACCAACAGGAUUCGUCAAAAUGGAUGUUACAAAGUUGUUGGAGGAGAUAGAGAAUGAGCAGAGUUUCGAGGAUGCGGGGGAGGCAGGUGAAGCGAAGGCGAUGCCCCAUGUGAAUUAUUCAAAUGUGGCAUUUAAGGAGGACGGAAUGGAAGGGUGCAAAUGGGAACAGAAAAAUGUAAUGUUCAGCGAGAGCCCUCAUAGAUUUAGCACAAGGAAAAAAAGCGUGUCUUUUAGUUCUGAGGAUGAACACAUCUACGUGGAAAGGCAGGAGUCAAUGAAAGUGCCCAGGCCGGUUAGAUCCCGAAAACCCACAGGUUUCGUCAAAAUGGAUGUUACAAAGUUGUUGGAGGAGAUAGAAAAUGAAGAGAAGGUGGACGAGGCGUGUGAAUCUGUUGCAGCUGAUUCAGUGGGUGUUUCUGACGAUACGGAUGGAGGGAGCCAUGCAAACCAUCUGAAUGAUCUCAAUGGAGAGGAGGAACAUAAGGAGGAUACACCAAAAGUGACGUUUGCCGAGGGUACACUUGGUACCGAUUUGACGAAAAAAAAAGUGUCGCUUAAAUAUGAAGAUGAGUAUGUGCAAGGGGAGAAGAAUGAAUUAAUGAAUAAAGCGCCCAGGCCGGUUAGAUCCCGAAAACCAACAGGAUUCGUCAAAAUGGAUGUUGCGAAGUUGUUGGAGGAGAUAGAAAAUGAAGAGAAGUUGGACGAAGGGAAGGAAGACACAGAGAAAAUAGAAGCACAAUUGGUGGGGGCCACUGACAUGACCCCAAGUAAUGAUAAAAAGGGAAAAAAAGUAACCUUUACUCCGCAGGAUAGAAAAUCUGUUUCUGUGAAGGAAGUAGAGUCGUUAAGCUUUUCCAGACCGGUCAGACCUCGCAAAGCCACUGGUUUUGUCAAAAUGGAUUUGAGCAAGUUGCUGGAGGAUGUGGAAGAGGACGAGGACAACGACGACAAUGACAAUGACAAUGACAGCAAUGAGGACGAUAACAAUGAUGAUGACAACAGCGAUGACAACAAUGAUGAUGAAAACAAUGAUGAUAACGAUAUGGAUGGAGAAGGAUGUUAUGAGGAAAGCAACGAAUCCGAUGGGAGCAACGAAUCUGAUGGGAGCAACGAAUCUGAUGGGAGCAACGAAUCUAAUGAGGGCAACGAAUCGGUGAAUGAUGACCAAACGGAUAGGGAUGAAUGGGAUAGCGACAGUGAUGAUGGUCAUGAUGGAAACGUACAAUCCAGUGCAAAGGAGAGUAAGGAAAAAGCAAAUAAUGAAAAGGGAAGUCAUGAGGGCGAAUCCACAAAUGAAAGGAAUGGGGAUAAUCAAAAGGGGGAUAAAAAAUGUAAAAAUAAUUCAAAUAUGCAGAGUGAAAAUAAGGCCAAGAAAAAUGACAUAAAAAAACAAAAUGUUUCUAUUAACCAUGGAACUGUGAAGGACCAAAAAAAGGAUAAGAGUAGUGUACACCUGUUGAGAGGAGCAAGAACGAAAAAGAAGCGAAUGAAGAAAAAAUAUCGGGAACAAGAUGACGACGAGGAGGAAAGACAAUUGCACAUGAAAAUAAUUGGGGCGAGAAAGAUGAAGCAUGAGAUGGAGAAGGAAAAAGUAGAUAAAGUGGAGAGUAAGGCAACGGAACAGGAAAAUAAAUAUAAGAGCCCCAAGGAAGUUACAGUCAAUUUUGAGGAAAUAAAUGAGGAAGAAAUGAAGGACAAAAUGAGCGAAUUGAAGAAAUUGGUAUGCACCCCCAAGGAAGGAGAUAACUUGGUAUUUGCAAUUCCCAUGUGUGCUCCUUAUUCAGCCAUACAGAAUCAAAAGUAUAAGGUGAAAUUGGUCCCUGGAAAUGCCAAAAAGGGGAAGGUUGCCGAAUCGUGCAUUUCUUACUUCCUGAAAAUGUCAACGGAAGAAAAGGAAAAGGAGCUCAUCAAAAAUAUAUCGGUAGAUGAACUUGGUAAUUGCAUUAUCACAAAUUCGACUCCAGAUUUGAAGGAAUUAAAACCUGCUACGAAGAACAAUUUUGUGCAAAAGGGGAAAGGGAAAAAGGCGAAAUGA